AUGGAUACAAAGUAAAAUAGUUCAAGUAUUUACGUUGAGAGUAAAAAAGGUGCACAUUCUAAACCAAUCAUUUCAAUAGAUGUGAAUAAAAGCAAUCCAUUUUAAGCUUUAACAUCUUCAGAUGAUAAAACUUUAAGAUUAUGGGAUUUAAAAUCAAAAAUAUCUGUAAAGAUGUUCACUAGCAAUGAACAAAAGAAGGCAGAAUAAAUAGCAAAUUGUAUAUUUGGACCAGAGUUUUAAAUAUAUGUGGCUGCAUCUAAAAAUGUAAUUUAAUAUGAUCUUAGAAAAGAAGGAAUCGUUGUAACAAGUAUAGAGAAAGCAAGCAACUUUGAAAUGGACGAUAUAAAUUAGAUUUCUCUAGAUUAAAAUAAUAAGUUCCUUGCUUGCUGUGAUGACCAAGGUGACACUCAUUUAUUAGACCCAAUGACUCUAGAACGCCAAAAAACUUUAGGCAUGCAGCAUAUAAAUAUAUCAUUUUCGACUGAUUUUUGUUAUAGCGAUAGCAACUAUACGAAGCCCAUGUGUAUAACAAGUGGCUUCGAUUGCAAAUUAAUUUUAUGGGAUAUUGAGGAGAAGAAGAUAUUGAGAUAAAAUAAUAUUUAUGAAAUAUGCUAAAAAUAUUUUCCAGGAUAGUUGCUGUGCCCUCCCAAUAUUUAUAAUGUACAUGGAAAUAAAACUUAGAUUUUAGUUAGUACAGAAACUGGACACAUACUUUGUUUUACAUAGAAGGAAUUAAAAAAACCAAAAUAUAUUAUAGAUGGCCAUUUAGGUAAAGUUAUGAGAAGUGUUUUUGCAAAAUUCAAUGAAAAUAGAAUUAUAAGUUGUUCAACUGAUAAAACAUUUGCAAUUUGGGACACAGCUAAUAGAAAUGAAUUUGAUAUUCCAUAAAUGGUUGAAAGGAUUUCAAUUCCUGAAAAACCAAAUUGGAUAGAGACAUCUAAAAACAACUAAAUAUUUGUACCUGAUAUCACACCAAUCUUGAAUAUUUACACUAUUAAAGCCUGA